UUCUCUCUCCCCAAAUAAACAAAACGACGCCAACGCCACUACUACUGGCACAGAAGAGAGAGAGAGAGAGAGAGAGAGAGAGAGAAAUAGAAAGCGAAAAAAGCUUCGUAACUGACUUUCUAAUGGAGUUUGAUGCUCAGAUCUUGGAGAAACCCUAACCGUUUUCUUACCGGAUUAUCUCCCAUUUCCUUCAAGAACCGCUCAUUUUUUUUGUUUGUUUAUUUUUCGUAAAGAUCAACAACCGCAUAGCUCCUUGCUCCAUUUCGAAUCGUCUUCGCGGCCGCCGCAUUUCACCGUCUUGGAUUGGUCUCUCCUCGGCUCCGGUUAAUCGCGUUCGAGAGAGUUUUUUUCUUCUUCUUUGCUUUCUUUAUCGGAUUGUUGAGAAUGAAAUUGUUAGGAUUGUGAUUUGGGAGAGGGGGAAGGGAGGGCGGUAGUGUAAUAUUUGAGAAGUAUUAUGGACGAGAGAGGAGGUGGUGGUGGCUCAUUUGUGGCCGUGAGAAGAAUUUCUCAAGGUCUGGAACGAGGCAACACCUGCCAUUCAUCUUCUGCUGAGGUUGUGGCAGGAUCUGCUGCAUGGCUUGGUCGAGGUCUAUCUUGUGUUUGCGCUCAGAGAAGAGAAAGUGAUGCACGUCCUUCGUUUGACUUAACCCCUGUCCAGGAGGAAUGCUUGCAAAGACUACAAAACCGAAUAGAUGUAUCCUAUGAUAGUUCAGUCCCUGAGCAUCAGGAAGCUUUAAAGGCUUUAUGGAACGCUGCCUAUCCUGAGGAAGAGCUCCGUGGUUUAAUAUCCGAGCAAUGGAAGGAAAUGGGAUGGCAAGGGAAGGACCCAUCAACAGAUUUUAGGGGUGGUGGUUUUAUAUCCUUGGAGAAUUUAUUGUAUUUUGCUAGGAAUUUUCCGAAAUCCUUCCAGGAUCUAUUGCGGAAACAAGAGGGUGAUCGCUCAGUUUGGGAAUACCCAUUUGCUGUGGCUGGUGUGAACAUCACAUUCAUGCUUAUACAGAUGCUUGAUCUUGAAGCAGUAAAACCAAGAACCCUGGUUGGAGCAACUUUCUUGAAGUUUCUAGCAGAUAGUGAUUCGGCAUUUGACCUUCUAUAUUGCAUCACAUUCAAGCUAAUGGAUCAUCAAUGGCUCACAAUGCGUGCAUCGUAUAUGGAUUUUAAUACGGUGAUGAAAGCCACACGUCGACAGCUUGAAAAGGAACUUCUGAAUGAAGACGUAGCACGACUUGAAGAGUUACCCUCAUACAACCUGCUUUCCCGAUAGAUUGAUCUUUCCGAAGUCUUACAGACGGCAGGCUUCGGCAGUGACACUUAUAUUUCUAACUAGAUGGUGUUUGUACAUGAUAAGGUGCUUUCCAACUUCUCCGGCUGCUAGUCAGCCUAUUCUGAUUGAUUCUCGGAAAAGGUUUUUAGUUUCCUGAGUUGUAAGGCUAAAGUCCGGUGUGAAAUUUCAUUAAGGUUUAAAGUUUCUGUUUUAGGGCGGGGGGAGGAUUUGUUGCCACGGCAUUUCAAAUUAUGCAAAAUAUUGCAGUACCAACUUAUAGGGAAUGUGGAAUGUGUUUCUGUUUUGUUUUUUUGGCUUUGACUUGUGAUUAGAGAGAGGUUCCUUUCCUAUGGUUGAAAGCCAUGUGUGUCUGGUCCUGAUGCUGAUAACUGAACCAUCAAAAUGGCCACAGGAGAUGAAAAUUGAAUUCCUUUGGCUUUUCUUCUUGGUAUAGAGUAGAAGAAUCAUACACUUAAAUAUCUCUGUUGUUUUGUUUGAGAUUUGUGAGAAUCUUUAAUCUCAAAUGUUUCUACUUGAAGGGUUCUGAUGCUAUUCCCUAUA